GUCGCCAUGGCUACUGCUGCGGCAACACACAACGUUUCUCCCAAACAAACCAGCGUGCUGUGGAUGUGCUCCUGAGACCCCGGAGACAAACGCUGCUUCGUUCGAGGAAUCCCAGCAGUUUUUCAGCAGCUUGUAACACAUAGCAGUCUGAAUGGAUUCGCGACCAGCCACGUCGAACCGACCUCCGUCUCCAGGCAUGCGUUCGUUCACGGCAGCGACGCAGCGCAGCGGUUUCCCGAGCAGCCGGCUUGGCGGGCGGCCGGACACGCGGGCCGGCGCGGUGCCGGGCACGGGAGUGCAGAUCAGCAUCCCCGACCGGCCCAUCACGCAGCACGGCUUGGUAGCGCCCAAAACGACGGUGUCCCGGUCGUCCCAGCGGCAAGUCCAAGACAAGACGUAUUUCAUCGCGCUGCUCCGAACCAAGAUGACCGAGCUGACCAACGAGAUCGGCCGGCUACAACGCGAAAACGACGCCCUAGCCCAAGAACAGAGCGGUUACGCUACGUACGAGAAGAAAGCCGAAGUUCUUGCCGCCGAGCUGAAGCAGCUGCAGGGCCAGAUGGCGGACCACAACCUCCUACUGGACAAGCUGAACACCGACGCGGACAUGGAAGACGUCCGCGAGGAGUACAACGAGCUCAAGGGUCAAAAUGACCAAGAGGCAAGAAGCGUGGAGCUGCUUUUCGAGCAAAGGCAGGACCGUGAACGUCAACUGAGACAACUCGAAGAGGAGAUUGAAGAGGAGAGGAACAUGGCGGACAAUCUGAUAGCAGCAAUGAAGCCAGAACUGCGUCAGAGGUACGCGGAGCAGAAGGACGCCAACCAACUACUUUUGAUUCAGCUGGACAAGCUUCAACAGAAGCUCAAUACUCUGCAGUCUCAAAGGAAUUCUCUUGAAGAAGAUAUCUCUUUGUCUCAAAUAAAGCAAGAAGCCGUGAAACUGUACGAACGCCUGCGGGAGCUGGGAGAAAAGAAGGCUGUGCUCCAGGAGGAACAGCGACUGCGUGGCACGCCAGCUCAAGAGAGGGAACGUCUCCUCGUACAGGUGAAGGAGGACAACGCCGAACUGGCGGGCAUCGAGCGUCAGACGUCCGAAGCGAGGGAGCGGCUCACAGCCGUCCAGGAAGAACUGUCCCAGCUUGAUCAGGAGCUGGAGGAUCAGCACGGCGAGCGGCGUGCCAAGUACCGGGAACUCAAGAAGCGCGAGGAAACCAUGGACGCCUUUCUCGAGACCUUCGCCGACACCCGCCAGGCUGAGGUAGAUCGCCAGGAGAAGCUGCAGGGCGACAUUGUGGAGCACCUGGAGAUCGUGUCACGGAACCUGCCUCACUUCUCCAACUUGCCCAGCCAGGACGAGAUGGCUCUGCUCAGGGACGACCUGGCAUUCAAAGAGGGCGAGAUGGAAAAGUCUAAAAUGACAUUGUCGACGCUAGGGCAAGAACAAAAAAAGUUAGCUGUUGACUUGCAAAAGAUAGAACAACUUGAGUCAAAGGUACAACUGGAACUUGACAGCCUAAGACUGAAAAUGAAAAAAAUGGAGGAUGAGAUGGUAGUGUUCAGCGACUUGGAUCAGUUGAAAAACUCCGCAGAGCACAGGAAACAGCAGCUGCUGGCUGAGAAGGAAGCCUUACAAGCCAGCAAAGAGCCAUCUAGAAAAGCUGUGGAGGAGCUGCAGGCCCGCUACGACGAUGCCAGGGCGAAGCUGAACGAGAACGAAGUUUACACUCGUGUGGCCAAUCUGGAGCGCCGCUGGCAGCACCAGGAGCAGAACAACUUUGCUGCGCGGGAGUUCAUCGAUACCAAGCUGGCAGAGCACAACUACCAGCUGGUCAAAAAGGACGUCCAAGCCCUGCUGGAUGUUUACAACUCUUUUCUUCAGGAAAGCCUCGUCAAAGCACCCCAAUCCUAUGGCUAGCGUUGGCUGCCGUGUUUUAGCCAUUAGCCAUGCCAAUAUCAGCGUGCACGAUUUAAAAAAAAAAAAAAAAAUAUUGUGCGACAACUUUUUUUUUUGUAGACCCAUACACGCCAGUAAUCCCUUGUUACACAGCCACCCUUAACCGCAGUUAAAAGUAACUUUAAAGUUAGGGGUGUCUCGUGGGGUCUCGGGCCCCGCGCCGAUUUAGAAGACUCCAAACCUUUUAAGAUCUCGCACUCCUUCGUUCUUUCGGCGUUCACCUGGAGAAUUGGUGGUUAAACGUUUCAUCUAAAUUCCAAGCAGCGGUGUCAAGGUGGCCUUUGUUCCUUAUGUUUACAAACCGGAAGUUCUCUGGGACGUCAAAGAUUUGAGCACCGCAAAAAAAAAAAAAAAAAAAAAA